AUGAAACCUAAUUCAGUCAUUUACAUUUCAUUUGGGAGCUUGGCUUGCAUCAAGAACGAGCAGCUUAUGGAGAUCGCUGCAGGGUUAGAAGCUUCAGGAGCAAGUUUCAUUAGGGUUGUUAGAAAAAACGCAGGUGAUGACGAAGAAUGGUUACCAGAAGGGAUGGAGGAGAGAACGAAAGGGAAAGGGAUGGUAAUCCGAGGAUGGGUUCCACAAGUGCUGAUACUUGACCACCAAGCAACCGGUGGGUUCUUGACACAUUGUGGCUGCGGGGCUACCGAUGGUGACGUGGCCGAUUUCAUUAGCAGAGAGAAAGUGGAGAAAGCGGUGAGGGAGGUUUUGGUUGGGGAAGAGGCGGAGGAAAGGCGGAGACGGGCAGUGAAGCUGGCGGAGAUGGCUAAAGCCGCCGUGGAAGAAGGAGGGUCUUCUUUUAACGAUCUAAACAGUUUCAUAGAAGAGUUUAGCUCAUAA